AUGGCGGCGACGGAGGCCACCACGCUGACGGCGCUGCUCAAGGAGGCGGCGGCCGCCUUCCCGGCCCGCCGCGCCGUCUCCGUCCCGGGCAGGCUGGAGCUCACGCACGCCGCCCUCGACGCGCUCGUCGACGCGGCGGCCGCGCGACUCGUCGCCGACGCCGGCGUCCUCCCGGGCCACGGUGUCGCGCUCGCCUUCCCCAACACCGUCGAGCUGGUGAUCAUGUUCCUGGCGGUGAUCCGCGCGCGCGCCGUGGCGGCGCCGCUGAACCCGGCCUACACGCAGGAAGAGUUCGAGUUCUACCUCUCCGACUCGGAGGCGCGCCUCCUCGUCACCAACGCGGAGGGCAACGCGGCGGCGCAGGCGGCGGCCGCCAAGCUCGGGCUCGUCCACGCCGCCGCCACCCUCCACGACGCGGCCGGCCCGGUCCACCUCGCCGGCCUCCCGGCCCUGGCGAACGGGAACGGAACCAAGAGCAACGGGUCGCACCAAGGCGGCGGCGGUGGCGCGGCGGGGGGCUCUCCCAACGACAACGACCCGUCGGACGUGGCGCUGUUCCUGCACACCUCCGGCACGACGAGCCGGCCCAAGGGCGUGCCGCUGACGCAGCGCAACCUGGCGGCGUCGGUGCGGAACAUCCGGUCCGUGUACCGCCUGUCCGAGUCCGACGCCACGGUGGUGGUGCUGCCGCUGUUCCACGUGCACGGGCUCCUCUGCGCGCUGCUGAGCUCGCUGGCGUCGGGCGCGUCCGUGGCGCUGCCGGCGUCGGGGCGGUUCUCGGCGUCCACGUUCUGGGCCGACAUGCGUGCCUCGGGCGCCACGUGGUACACGGCGGUGCCGACGAUCCACCAGAUCAUCCUGGACCGUCACGCGUCGCGGCCGGAGGCGGAAGCAUAUCCGGCGCUGCGUUUCAUCCGCAGCUGCAGCGCGUCGCUGGCGCCGGCGAUCCUGGAGCGUCUGGAGGCGGCGUUCGGCGCGCCGGUGCUGGAGGCGUACGCGAUGACGGAGGCGUCGCACCUGAUGACGUCGAACCCGCUGCCGGAGGACGGGGCCCGGAAGCCCGGGUCGGUGGGGCGGGCCGUCGGGCAGGAACUGGCGGUGCUGGACGAGGAAGGGCGGCGCGUGGCGGCGGGGAGCCCCGGGGAGGUGUGCGUCCGCGGGGACAACGUGACGGCGGGUUACAAGGGGAAUCCGGAGGCGAACGAGGCGGCGUUCCGGUUCGGGUGGUUCCACACGGGGGACAUCGGCGUGGUGGACGAGGAAGGGUACGUCCGGCUGGUCGGGCGCAUCAAGGAGCUCAUCAACCGCGGCGGGGAGAAGAUCUCCCCGAUCGAGGUGGACGCCGUGCUGCUGGGCGUCCCCGGCGUGGCGCAGGCCGUGUCGUUCGGCGUGCCCGACGACAAGUACGGGGAGGAGAUCAACUGCGCGGUGAUCCCGCGGGACGGGUCGGCGCUGCGGGAGGAGGAGGUGCUGGCGCACUGCCGGCGGAACCUGGCGUCGUUCAAGGUGCCCAAGAAGGUGUUCAUCACCGACGACCUGCCCAAGACGGCCACCGGCAAGAUCCAGCGCCGCAUCGUGGCGCAGCACUUCGUGCAGCCGGCCAGUGCCUGA